GCCAUCAACUACGCCGCGGCAAGUCCUGUCACUGCUCGAAAGGGCGGCUUUUCCGCAAGUCAGGUCCGCGGCAAUAUAUAUCCGAAGCAUGGUGCGGCUGCCACAGCGAAAACCUAUGCCAAGUUCGGUGUUGCCCUGCCUGACUACCUUGCCGCCGCCCUCAACAGCAGCAACGUUGAGAGACGGCAAACCGGCAGUGUCGAGGCACAGCCCAUGAGCUACGACGAAGCCUACGCAUGCCAGGUCGAUAUCGGAACACCAGCCCAGACAUUCAAUCUGGACUUUGAUACAGGCUCUGCUGACUUGUGGGUAGCCAACUCGCUCACCCCUGUGCUCACCGGCGGAGCGGGCUACAACCCCGGUGGCAGCAACACUUCCCAGGCGACCACCGACACUUGGCAGAUACAGUAUGGGGAUGGCAGCUCUGCCGGGGGUACUGUGUAUAAAGAUGUCGUCAGCAUUGGCGGCAUCUCGUAUCCAGAACAAGCUGUAGAGGUGGCUGUCUUGGAAUCGUCCCAGUUCCUACAGCAGUCCACAUUCUCGGGCUUGGUAGGCUUGGCAUUCAGUUCCCUCAACACGGCCUCCCCAACGAAGCAGAACACGUUCUUUGACAACAUCAAGAUGACGUUGGACGCACCUAUCAUCACUGCAGAUCUGAAACACCGAGCCCCCGGCUCGUACGAUUUUGGCUUUAUCAACCAGAGCAAGUAUGCCGGCGAAAUCGUAUACACUCCGGUCGACAAUAGCGGCGGCUUUUGGAAGUUCACCGCGACGGGCUACCAAAUCGGCUCAGACCAGUUUCGCAGCGCCUCGAUCCCCGGCAUUGUCGACACUGGCACUUCGCUCCUCUACCUCCCAAACGACAUCGUGCAGAACUAUUACCACGCGAUCGACGGCUCCAAAAACAGUCCGGAUAACGGCGGCUGGGUCUUCCCUUGCAACAACGUGCUGCCCAACUUUAGCUUUGGGGUCGGCAAUGGCGCCCUCAUGAGCAUCCCGGGCGACUAUCUCAACUAUGCGUCCAACUCUGAUGGAUCAUGCUAUGGAGGUUUGCAAGACUCGUCGGACAUCGGUUUUGCCAUCUUUGGGGAUGUGGCACUGAAGGCAUCCUUUGUCGUGUUUGACGGCUCUGAGAGCCCUCGGUUGGGGUGGGCGAACAAACCUCUGUGA